GACCGGGCGGCUUUUUGGAUAUCCUGGGUAGUGUUGGUGGCGGCGGAGGCGGUGGUGGAAAAAAAAAAAAAAAAACUUUACAUGUAGACUAGAAUAGAAGUUUAAAGAUACAGACGGCACCUAUCAACUCGCGACAAUCCUGAUAAAUGUAUCUAACUCCAGCAAUUUGCACUAAAAUCUAUAGAAAGCUGGUCUUCUUUCUUUAGUCUCCACUCGCCCCCUGUCUGAAUAUGGAUGCCAGAUAUAUUUUGGAGAAGUCGUCGGUUGGGACGAGGGUCGGCGGUGCGGACUUCAACUGCCGGGCAGGCCGCUCCGUGCUCCGCGACAACCACGAGAAGAACGGCCCCGUGCCGGCGUUCACAAACGGGCCCGUCCUCUACAAAUUCGUAAUGGACGGCGGCUCGGCGGCGGAGGUUAAAGGCGAGGGAACCUAUUCAAAAGGGAACGGAUUUUCACCGGUUGGUCGAAUAUUGCACGACGUGGAAAAAAAUGGCCUGGGGGACCAAAAAGACACAGGUUCCUCUGGGAUCCUGAAGAGGGGCAGUCCUACCCACUGCCCAGGCUUAAACGGGCACUUGCCAGGCGGCUUCAUGCACUUGGACAUCAGGAACCCAGGGAAACAGGCAGAGCUGGCCAACAACUACAGGGCAGCACAAGGGCGAAACAUACCACCGACAGAUAGACAGCCCCUCUCCUCCUCCCACAUCCCGGUCCCUAGACACAGGAAGCCCUCAGGUCAUGCUGAUAAGGAGGUGAUGGCUGCCACCGUCCUGACCUCACUGUCCACAUCCCCUUUGGUGCUCAACCCUUCCUCUGCACCCACAGUCCCAGAACCAGCCGGCAGGGUUUGGAAAGAGGUGCUGUCAGCCAGCUACAGCAGUUCAACCAGUGGCAACUGGAGCUGGGAUGCCAGCGACCAAUCAGUGCCCUCUACACCGUCCCCACCUCUUUCCAAUGACACCAACAAGAACUUCUUACUCUCGUCCCAGUGUGAUGAUGUCAGUGAGGAUGUCACAGAAAGCACACACUUCAUGUUUGAGGACCCCAUACCUCGGAAGCGAAAGAACUCCAUGAAGGUGAUGUUCAAGUGCUUGUGGAAGAACUGUGAAAAGGUCCUCAGCACCUCCUCAGGGAUCCAACGACACAUCCGCACUGUCCACCUGGGCCGAAAUAGCGACUCGGACUACAGUGAUGGAGAGGAAGACUUUUACUACUCAGAGAUUGAGGUGAACAUGGACAGCCUAACAGAGGGUCUGUCCAGCCUCACGCCCACCUCCCCCACCACGGCCGGUCCUCCGCCCGUCUUCCCUCCGCCGCUCACCGAUGUCCCUCACUCUGAACACAUCAGUAUGAACGGUUCGCAGAGCCACGCCCCAACACUGCUCAGUCAGUCAGCUCCCUCCACGCUCUGCCACAUCCGCACUGACCACGCCUACCAGGCCACUGCUCCAGUGAGCAUCCCAGUGGGUCCUGAGCUGGCUGGGUUAGGCAGUGGUAGAGGAACCGGGCCUGGAAUUGGGACUGAGAAUGGCAUCAGUGUGUCGUGGCAGUCCCCUCCUGUCAUUUUCAAAGGCGUCCCGGGGCCUGUGACUCAUGUCCGGACAGUUAGCAUUGGCGAGAAGCGGCAGCCGGCAGCAAGCACACACACCACUGUUAACAAGAACCAUGCUUUAAUAACACCAGCUCCUAAAGCGACACCAGGAACCAGGAAACCCCGUGGGGAGGCGAAGAAGUGCCGCAAGGUGUACGGCAUGGAGAAGAGAGACAUGUGGUGCACAGCCUGUCGCUGGAAAAAAGCCUGUCAGAGAUUCACCGACUAAUCUGGUCCCCUUCCCGCAUCCGCGAGAUGAGCUCUUCCUUAGCUGAGAGCGACAGCUGGAUGGACUCGUCCACCAGAGGAGACAGGGGGUGAUUUCUUCACAGCGGAGCUCUCGGUGCUGCUUCCUUCAGCCCAACAUAGGGAUCGCCUUCUCUGUUUUACGUUUUCCAAGUACAAAGAGAAAAAAAAAAACUGGUGGGUAAAAACAAUCAAAAAAAAAAAAAAAAAAAAAUCAGCAAGAAAAAAGAACUUUGCGCAGGUUUUAAGACUUUUUUUCUAAGACUGAAACAUUUUCACUUCUUUGAUGAAUGACGAAAAGCGAAACAUUUUGAAUUGGAUUCUGAACCUUCUGAUUUGAUCUUUUGUUUUCUCACUCUACAUUUUUCAAGGCCUCAACUCAAGACUACAGAUAAGCUUUUUGGUAUACUCUGUUGUUCAUUAUAGGAUCAUCAUCUACUGUUUAUUGGGUGGAUCAUGACUCUUUUUGGAAGUUCAAGGGUUAACACCAGAUUUGCUUGGUAAGACCUCUGUAGCAUAUCUGUUUUUCGUGUCACUGUUCAAGGGAGUUCAAACCUACCAAAGGCAAAAAAAACAAAAAAAAAGCAGCCUGUUCACUUAAUCCUGAAUCUUGCAUCACUGUCCCCUGCAGCCUUACUGGAUAUUGACUGUAUGUUUAAAUGCAUAUUGUCAAAUUCAGCACAACCAGCUAUACUUCUUGUACUUUUGUAAAGUUACACAAACCGUCACACAAAGAGGUACAAAAAAGUUUCCCCUUGACUUUCCAAAAUGUUUUUGAGAGAUGUACACAACAAAUGAAAUGUGUUUCCCUCUGUUCUUCUCUAUACUUAGUACCCUUAGUAAUAUGCACCUUGAAGAAAUUAGUUGUCUUUUAGAGUAUCACUGUAACCACAGCGUUUGUCUGAGAGAGUUGGUAUCUCUUCUUUAUAUAGAGUUUAUAUUCAGCAAUGACUUGCUGAAGCAACUAGCAGUUGCACUGUGCAAUCAGCAGAAUUUCUUGCUUUGUGGUUGUCAUUGUUAUUAUGGUGAGUCAUGGCAGAAAGGCUCAGUUUCUUCCUGUUUUUUCCCUCUUCAAGGUUUCUGACAGUUUUAAGUGAAGAAUGAACCCAAUCUUUAGUCUUUCUGAAUAACUGAAUCAUUAACCAGCAUUACAGCAUUUGUAGAUACCAGACCUAAUUUCACAGGAACCAAGCACUUUUUCCUAGAUUUCUAGGUUUUUAGUUGAUGUUGUGUUUUAGUCCUCACUAAUAAGAUCUCUCCCUAUGGUCUAACAUUAGAGAAUGAAAGUGAGAAUCAAAUCAAGUCACUUCAGAACAGCGCUGUUUCAAAGUGUUUAACCAAAGUGCUUGUUUUUGGAGCUGACCUGUAAUAAAAAAUGGCAGGUCUGCUUUCCCAAGUUUUGGAUUAAAUAUAGUAGGUUGGAACUCUACUUUUUAGUACACAUCCAAAACAAUCUUCUUCAGCAUUAGUGAACCAAGGAAAUGCACCCAUUGAUUUUAAAGCCCAAUAUUUUUGGCUAAUAAUUUCUAAUAAUUUUCCUACAAUUACAGCAAGGAAUAGAAAAUACAAAGAUGUUUGUGACCUGAUUGCUCUUUAUUAGAAAUAUUUCAAGAAAAGAUAAUCUCCUGCAACUCAGUGUUCCUGAGUGUUCCUGCAAAAGACAAGUUCCAACCUAAAGCCUCAUUCGGACAGGGCUGGUAUUACCUGUGGACUGCUAGUGAUUUAUAAUAAUUAAUUUGGAAUGUCUGUGGUCUUAAGGAAGUACAAAUCUACCAUGUCCUUCAUUUGUAAAGUAAAAAUUCUACUGCAUAUUAUCUACCAUAUUUCGCCAGACACAGGGGUCAUGUGAUGAUGUUUGCGUGCAAAUCGGCAUAUUGGUGAUUUGGGGUUGUACUUCUUUUAAAAUCGCUGUUUGUGGUUGCCAGACAACUGGAAAAUCAUGAAAUGUGAGCGUGGCUCAUAAUAUGUUUAACGGCAGCCGACAGCUGUGCUGUGAGAUCAGCUGUAUUGAUGUUUAAAAGUGAUGACAGAGUAGGUCAGGAGCAUCCACAACAUCUGUUCCUUGAUCUAAAUCAGCUACAAAUGUUUAUCUAUGCUUGUAACACGCGCAGAAAGUGGGCAGAUCAUCUGUAAACUGUAUCAAUAAUGUGACUGCUAAAGAACAGAUGCUCCGCUUAUGAAACAAUGUUACAUGGAGGCUUGUCAUCAUAUCCCGGAAAUAAUGUCUGUAAACACGAGUGAAGUACAGACUGCGCUUAUUCCUGUGCGAAUGUGCUACACGAAGCACAAACAUGAGGUGGUAAUUUCUAAAUCACACAGGGUCCCCUGGUAAUACUAGUCCUGUGCGAAUAGGGCUUAAAACUGUACACCUGCAGGCUGAAGUGUAUUUGUAAUUGGCUGUAUGACAUGGAUGGACAACUUAGUGAUGAUGUCUUAUUGUUGACAAUAAUUCCAAUUAUAAGACAGAAUUACAAUAUUUAAAAGUAAUUCCUGCAUUCAGAGAUUCCCUGGAAGAGUUAAACUUCUUUUAUAAAGUAUUAUGUUGUAAACACUAGUCAAACAGUUUAUUUUUCACUAGUCACAUUCAUUUAAUUUUGUUGCCCAAAAUCACAAAUGUUGCCUCAAAGGGCUUUACAAUCUGUAAAUGUGACACCCUCUACGCUUUGAGCCUCCAUUUAGAUCAAGAAAAAAAACUCAUGUUAAACAAAAACUAACAAAAAAAAUAGGGGUUUUCUGAUCUGCUCUCAGAGGCAGAGUCAUGACAGUAGAUGUUUUCUUUAGAACAGAUUCACUUGUGUAUGUUUUCUUAGCUGUUUUUUGAAUGUAGAUUCUGCUGUGUGUCCUCUGCUCUCUAAGCGCUCCUGACACUGACCUGACCUAAUCACCAUGGCAGCGUAUGAUAAACACACACACACACACACACACACACAGUGCCUUUUCUCUCCUGUAUGAGCAGACAGUAUGACUUCAGACCUCUGCCGCCAUAGGGUCACUCGUGCCGCCUGCUGCCGGUUGAUAGCAUGUAAAAGGCGACCAGUUCUCACUUCUUAAUGAAAGCUGGGAGGCUUGACUGUUAAUUGGUGUGCAAAAAAACACAUUAUAGUCAUUACAGAAUUCAAUAUCUUAAUCACUUCCCGUUACAAACUACCAUUUUGUUUUGAAAAUGAAUGAUCCUGCCUGUAAGUUGUUAAGACAUCCCAGAUAAGCUAGGCCUCCGCCUCUCUCUCUCAGCUCUUCAGCGCGUUCUGCGGGCCUCCUUCGGUCAGAAACGUCACAAAGUGCCAAUGAAAAGAACAUUAAAAAAAAGGAAACUGACCUAGUGAAAUUGCACUACGCUACACUGCGCAAAGACAUGUUUUUAUACAUGGGUAUUUUAUACACACAUUUUGAAGUGAGGAUUUUAUUCGAUGGGGGUGGGAGGGAUGUCGUCACUGCCCGGUUGGAAUGAAUGGGGUGUCAGGGACAGGGGUUCUGUACCUCUGGUUGUCCCCCAUUCUUCAUUAGUGAUCUUGACAGUUGUGUGUCAGAUUUAUUGUGCUAAACAUAGUAGUGCUGGCCAUUUUUUAAAAGUGUGGUACUGCAAAGUACGGUGUGGUACAUAGACAGUCACUUGGAGGGUUGCCAGGGGCUGAAAGCAGCACCUGCCUUGUCUCAGUGAUGGGAAAACAUCGGUCUCAGUCAGUGGCUACACAUUAUGGUCUUAAUAACGGACGCUUUUACACUUUUUUAUUGCCUUGAGGUUUUUUUCUCACAAUACUCACACACUUUUUUUUAUCUCUAAAUUUCAUCUUUGUGCUUCCUUUACUUCUAUAAAAACAAGUUCCUGCUUCUUUACAUUUUGCUGAGCUGAGGUAGUCACUGUGUAGAUACUGUUGUUAGUGCUGGAUACCACUUUUAGUCUGGUCGUUGGUCAAGUGUCAGAUGCAACCCAUCAGGUCUCUCUCCAUCCUCAGUGUAAAGCGCUGUCCACCAGCAUGGUUAGGGGGCUGAUGCUUUUGUUGGCAGUGAAUCAAACUGUUAGCGCGCGCUAAGUGCUAAUGUUUGCUGGCCACUAUUCCAGCUUUUCUCGAGUUGCACUAAACAGGCCUGUGACGAAUACGGCCCAAGCGCUCCACUAGGGCCGGAAAGAAGUGGGGACAAAGUUGCUCUCGCGAACAGAUCUCACACCAGAGAACUUCCUCGGUGAACUAGAUCAAGAGCUACAGCUGUCACCUAGAAUCGUGGGAGAUGGAAGUUGAAGUUGACUGUUAAUGGGUGUGAUUUGCAGACACAAGACACGCAGUGACGAUGCGGAUGGAUUUGCAGUUUCAGGGCAAUCUUGUACAUAUGCAACAUAAAGAGAACCGUGAGGCUUUUUUUUCAUAUAUUGUUGUCGUUUUUCUUUGUUGUUAUAUCUUGUUAUAUGAAAAGUAAACUUUUUUUUUUUUUUUACAUUAUAGUUGCUCGGAAUAUUUUCUUUCUUUUUUUUAAGUCGAUUGAGAAGCUAUAGUGAACAUAACACAUAAAGAUACAAUGUAUAUUGUAGCUUAGAGGCAAAGGGGAGAAAAACAAAACAUGUUGAAUGUAAAAACCUACAAAAGUCUUUUUUGUCGUUGUUAUAUUUGCUGGCUAGUUUGUAUUGCCUGUAGUGAACCUGUUGCACGUCCUGAUUUCGGUAUCCAAAUCUCUUAACACCCACAUACAGCUGUCGCUACACUGCUAAAUCAUAUCAGAUAACAAAACCAUGCAGUAUUGCUUUACUAUCUCACUUUGUGCAAUGAGACGCUUUAUAAUGGAACAAGAACUAACUCGAGCUUUUGGUGACACCUAAGCUUUCUCGCUCGCACCAUUGCUGUCGUCUUUUGUCUUUCUCCCUGCCAAAUAGUCUUUUUUUUUUUUUUUUCAGAACAUGUGUGGUUGUCGUGGAUGUUGUUUGUGGUCGUGACGUCAAGUUGUUGUUAGGCAGGAUAACCUUUGACCUUUUUUGUCACGAUGAAUUUAAAACGUUGUGGGAAUCUUUAUCCUGCCCCGCACAUUCCAACAGACAGCGCGCUUUUUUAGUGUCUUCCACUCGUGUCCUAAUAGACAUAUCCUUCCCAUUUCCUUCUCACUACAGUGAUCGCCUUUCGAUUUUCCUGUUCUUGUGCUAUCCAGCUUUACUGUGGUCCCACCCAAGCCUUUACCCAGUAUAUUAAGCUAAACGAAAACCCUUGAAAUGUGCAUAAAAAAAGCCUUCAUUUAUUUUUCCACAUAUGUCAAAAGUGUAUGUGCUGCGUUUUUUCUUGAAUGUCAGUUUUCAUUUGUGUGUAAACCAGCAGCAGCAAAGCCAAUAGAUCUCCUUCCAAAUCAAAUGUAAUGUAAUGCAUUGCAAUGGCAGCUCCACUCAAUUCUCCGCUUCUUCUACUGUGUUCUCUUAUUGUUUGUCCAGGCUUUUUACCCUGCGUCUGUCAGAAUCUCUCAUUGGAUGACCUUUUUUUUUUUCUCCUGUCGUGUUUUUACCGAGCCUUACACUGGCUAGUGUGAAAACUGACUUUUGCUUUUUUUUUUUUUUUCCUUAUCGAUUGAUUGAUUGAUUGUCCGUUUGAGUUUGAGGUUGUUUUGCAUGUCUAGCAUCGCUCUUUAUUUUUUCCCUGUUCCUUUUACGUUGUUAGGAGAAAUAACACUGAAGGGUUUUAUGUGUUAGAUUUCCCCUUUCAGUAACUGAUAACCCAAGGCUGAUGUAGUUUGUUUUCCUCUAAAUGUUAAAAAAAAAGAAAAUGCUCUUUACACACACACACACACACACACACACACACACAAACACACACAAACACAUACGUGCACACACACAGCUUAAAGCAUUUUGAAGGAAACGUGACGUCAGCCUCGGGUCUUCACUGGAGGGCAAGAUUUUCUCCUGUGUGUGUGGGCUCGGCCUCUGGUCUUCAUCAGCAGGCCCACGCACAUGGAGGAAGCACUUUCUGAGGAGUGGUGCACUCAAGGAGUAUUUGUGUGAAUGUCAAGCCUAUGACUAGUGCUUGAAAAGAUGGAUGACCAUGUAUGAUGCUGAUAAUGUGAUCUAUGUGAUGUAAUGUGAUGGAAAGAAAAUAAACCUGAAUGGAAGAAG